UCUUUCUCCUCGAUCAUUUCUCCAGUGUUUUGCAGAGCACGCCUCUCUCUCUCUCUCUCUCUCUCUAGACUGUUAUGGCCUUACCUCAACACCAGUUUCAACACCACAUUCAACCACGACAACAACCACCACCUAAACCAUCCAGAGAUUUGUACAGCAUGGAUGCUCAGAUUUCACCACCGGUCACAUAUUUCAACGGUCCAAAUCCUCCCGAUCAAUCUCAACACCCACCAUACAUACCUCCCUUUCACGUGGUGGGGUUAGCACCGGGUCCGGCAGACGGGAACGAUAGUGGGCUCGAUUUUCAGUGGAAUUACGGCUUGGAACCGCAGAAAAAGAGGCCAAAAGAGCAAGAUUUCAUGGAAAACCAUUCACAAAUAUCAUCUAUUGAUUUCUGGCAGGCCCGAUCGGUGUCGACUGGGUUAGGCUUGUCUUUGGACAAUGGGCGUUUGGCUUCGUCCGGUGAUUCUCCUUUGCUUGGUCUCGUUGGUGAUGACAUUGAGCGUGAGUUGCAGAGACAGGACGCUGACAUUGAUAGAUACAUCAAAGGUGACCGGCUAAGUCAAGGAAUCCUAGAGAAAGUUCAGGUCAACCAACUUCAAACUAUCUCAUACAUUGAAGAAAAAGUCCUCUCAAGACUCCGUGAGAAAGAGGUAGAGGUGGAAGACAUCAACAAAAAGAAUAUGGAGCUUGAAUUGCGAAUGGAACGGUUGGCUGCAGAGGCCAGUGCUUGGCAGCAAAGGGCCAAGUACAAUGACAACAUGAUCAACAUCCUUAAAAUCAAUCUUCAGCAAGUUUAUGCACAGAGCAGAGAUAGUAAAGAAGGGUGUGGUGACAGUGAGGUAGAUGAUACUGCCUCUUGCUACGAUGGUCGUGCCAUCGAUUUCCACGUGCUUUGCAAGGAUAGCAAUGAAAUGAGGGAGUUGAUGACUUGUAAGGUUUGUAGAAUCAACGAAGUAUGCAUGCUUUUGUUACCAUGUAAGCAUCUCUGCUUGUGUAAAGAAUGUGAAAUUAAACUCAGUCUUUGUCCAUUGUGUCAGGCCUCGAAGUAUAUAGGCAUGGAGGUCUAUAUGUAAUAGGAUAAUGAACAUCUAAUGUCAUCUUCUUCUAAUUUCAUGUCAACCUACACUUGUUCUUGUUGUUGUCUUCUAUCA